AUGGGUGCCACCAGGCUUUACACCAAGGGACGCGUGCUCGGCCACAAGCGCGGAAAGCGCAACUCGCGCCCCAACCAGUCGCUCGUUGCGAUUGAGGGUGUUGACACGGCUGAGGCCGCUCGCUCGUACCUCGGCAAGCGCAUCGCCUACGUCUACAAGGCCAAGCGUGAGGUCAACGGCUCGCGUGUCCGCGUCAUCUGGGGCCGCAUCUCGCGCCCCCACGGCAACUCGGGCGUCGUCAAGUCCAAGUUCACCACCAACCUCCCCCCCAAGGUGUUCGGCGCGUCGUGCCGCAUCAUGCUCUUCCCCUCGAACAUCUAA